AAGGGUGGUGGGUGUGUUGCUUUGCUUUAUGUUUUAGUUCCGUAUGAUUUAUUGUAUUAAAGCGUAGUGUUAGUGGUAGUAUUGAUUUUUUUUAUAAAUUAAAUAAGCGUUUUUAGUGUAAAUAAAUUAUUAAACUGUCUUUAAUAGUGUAUAUUUACGACACAUUAAUAUAAUUUCUCUAAUUUGUUUUGGAAUAUUUACGUCGAUUGUUUUCGUUUGUGAUGUGUAUUAUAAAUAACGAUUUAAGAUAACGAGUUAUAGUGUUAAGAUUUGCAAAUAAUUACAAUAAUGAUUAAUAAUGAGACCAUUACUGAGGAAUCAGUUAAACAAGGUUUCUUGAAAAAUGGAUGGAAUUUAUAAACGCUGUUCGAUUUUUGAAUCUUUGCGAUGUCGACACCUUGCCAAAAAGGCGGGAUGCGCCUCAGCGAAGCCCUAGAUAACAUACAACUAGCGUACAAUCCGAUUACGAAACAGCUACAUUUCGUGAGUCCUAAGGUCGAAAAGCAAGUAGAGGACACUUCGGACGACAUUGAUAAAUUGUCAAAGAAGAGUAGUUUCAGUGACGAAGGGAAUUUUUCUAUAUCGACCUGUGAAAAGAGUGAUACCAGUGAUUCGCCAAAGAGUACAUUACAAUGGGGUGGCAGUGUAAAUGGUCAUCAGCGCGGCAAGGAUGGAGGAUCUUUCUCCAGCACCGUCUCGAGUCUAUCAGAGUGUUCCCUAGGAUCCAGUGCAUCAAAGGAAGAUGAUCUUGCCGAAGUCAAUACUGUUCAAGAACAAACAAAAUUAAAGAAGAAAGGACUAUCUGGAUUCUUUAGCAGAGGUGUAUUCCCAUGGAAAAGUAACUCGUCAUCCAAAACUCAAGAAUCAAACGCAACCUCCACAUGGCGACUAUUCGGCAGUAAAUCGAAUGGAAAUAUAGCUAAGAGUUUGACCACUGAGGUGCAGAACUCACUCACUCCUGCAUCGUCAGCUGCAAACACACCACAUCAUCAUAAAAGACAAGGAAGUUCGGCCAGCGAGAAGCAGUUCGAUGAUCUCGUCGCCAGUUCAAUAGCACUCAUUCAGCAUGACCGACCUUCAAACCUACCAGCAAAAUGCACAGAAGAGGCGCUGCGACACAAGGCGGAACACGCUCGAAUGGUCGAGGCAGCGAGAAGGAGAGUGGAAAGAGAGGCAGCAGCGAGGCAUGCGAGAUUGCAAGAAUCAAUACGAAUGGAGGAGAGGCUCGCAAGGCACGCGCGAGAAUGGACGCAAACAAUACUACCUGAUUGGCAUAACAUGAAAAACGCAAAACGUACUUUGGACCUUUGGUGGAGCGGUCUUCCACCGGCGAUAAGGGGCAGAGUCUGGCAACUCGCUAUAGAAAAUAAAUUGAAAAUAACACACGAAAUGUACGAGGAUUACGUCGCCAAAGCGAAACAGAAACUUCACGAAGCACAGCUAAGAAGGAAACGGUUAAAAGUUCACUCGAAAAACUCCUGCGACUGUAAGAAAGAUGAACCUAACAAAGACGAACAAAAUAUCGAAGACAGGUUAUCCAGUGGAGAAUUUUCUAAAUCUGAAGAGAGAUCAUCGAAAAUAACGGAAAAGUUGUCCAAAAUGGACGACAGGAUUGAGGAUAUAACGGAAAAACCAAGAUUGGGUUUACCGAGGAACUUUAGUGAGCAAAAUUUGAAAACAAUUAACGUCGAUCCUGGACCGAAAAAGUGUUGUUCGAAAUCUAAUCCUAAUUUACUAGAUUAUAGUGACGAAUGUUCGAUGGAGCUGAUUCAGUUGGACAUAGCGCGGACGUUUCCACAUUUGUGUAUAUUUCAACCUGGUGGACCCUAUUUUGAUGUGCUACACGAACUGUUGGCGGCGUAUGUCUGUUAUAGACCAGAUAUUGGUUACAUUCAGGGUAUGUCAUUCAUAGCUGCAGUGCUCAUACUGAACAUGGAAGCCCCUCAAGCAUUCGUCUGUUUCGCAAAUCUUCUCGAUGGACCAGUUUUACGAGCCGCUUUUACCAGAGAUGGUGACACUAUGCAGCGCCUGUGGAAGGCGUACGCGCGGCUGCUGCGGCGCCACCUGCCGGCGCUGGCGGAGGCCGUGGCGCCCGAGCUGUACCUGCUGGAGUGGCUGUACACCGCCUUCGCCAAGGCCAUGCCGCUGGACGCCGCCUGCCGCGUGUGGGACGUGUUCCUGCGCGACGGAGACUCCUUCCUGUUCAACGCCGCGCUCGGUAUCCUUCAUCUGUACCAAGACGAGCUGAAGGACAUGGACUUCAUAUCCGCCGCUCAGUUCCUUACCAAACUCCCCGAAGAUCUAGAUCCAGAGGCACUCUUCAAAAGCAUAUCCUCCGUCUCGAUGACUCUGGACGGCAUGUCCUUCGAGGAGCUGGUCUCCUGCUGUCCGGUAGAGAACAGCCUGGACGAUGACGUUACACUUAGAUUAUGAUAUACAUGUGAGUGGAUAUUCAAUGGAUUAUUUAAGUUAUAGUAUUUAAUGAAGUAGUUAGGAUUUGUAUUUGGUUAAAAAUCAAUUGAAAAAAUCACUUCUUCAACAUUGUUCACUGUAUUUUAUAAAACUUUUUCAGCAUAUAGCAAUAAUUCAAAACUCAAAACACAGUGUAUCGCUAAUUGUAAUCAAAAUUUUCUUCCAAACUCAACUAUAAUAUUAAAUUCAAAAAUUUAAAACCUAAUUACUCGCAAUGUUUCUCUAUAUUAGAUAGGAAAUUUUAAUAAAAUUAUUAUCUUAAUAAGAUUCUAGUAUCGGAAUAAAAUUAAUAGGAACAGUCGUUAAACGUAUCUCCCAAAUUAUUAAUAAAGGCAAGCGGGUCUUCUAUUUAAGUAAUAUGGAUUAAUUUAUAACAAAAUAUUAAUUGAAAUUAUUUUCAUGACAUUAUUUGUUAUAAAAAUAUAUAUAGUUUGUUUCAAUGACAGGAGAAGUAAAGAUAAAAAAAAACUUUACGUUUAUAUAUUCCAUGCGAUUUGCCAAUAACUCUUCCAUAUAUGCAAUAAAAAUUGAUUAAUACCUUCUUAAUAAAACCUUUAUCGACUACGAACUAAUUAAACUUUAAUUUAUCUUUCAAAGUUGCAAUUUCGAAGUCGUCGACCUUCAAAAUGUUUGAUUAAAUCUCGACCAAUGAUAUCAUUUCAUUUCAAGGUAAAUACAACAACAACAACAAUAACAGCCUGUUAAUGUCCCACUGCUGGGCUAAGGCCUCUUCUCCCUUUGAGGAGAAGGUUUGGAGCUUGUUCUAACCGCUAGGCCAUCUCGGCUUUUCAAGGGCAAAGUUGUUUAUUUAUAGUACUUUACUCCUUCAGUCAAAGGAAUCGACUAUAGUGUUGGGAAAAUUUGUAAUCAAUAAUGUAGCAACAUUUAUUAGGCAAGUAAUUAUAAAAAUAAUGUUGUUAUUACAAUAAAUAUAUAUAUAUUAUUAUACACAUAAAUAGUCCUUGUAAUGUUAAUGAGGUCUGUGGAAAUGUAUAGAAAAGUUUUCCUCGAUAAUUAAUAUAUAUGUACAUAAUUAUAAUAUCAAAGUUAUCUCGUUACGAAAAAUCUGUGUACCAAUUUUUAAAAAUAGAUUCAUGGAUAUUAAAAUAUUGUAAAUAAAUUAUUCGGGAUGCAUAUUAUUUAAUCAUUUGAUGUAUUAAUAAUCUGUGUCUGUAAUGUUAUAAUCUGUACAUAGUUUCCUUAUAUAAAUAAUAUAGUUCAUAAUUAAAAUAUUUUAAAUUUGGAUCUAUUUUUGAACAGACCACUAAGAAUUUUUAAAUAACAAUUUUAUAUGCUAUAUAGAAUCUCAAAACGCCAUUUUUAUUAUUGUUACAUAAAUUUGUUAAGCAAUUUCGAAUAAAUAUAGACAAACAUUUAUUAUUCAUAUUCAUCACUCGGCUUAAAAAGGCCUAUUUUAUGAUUUAUAUGUAAGCUAGUUAAAAUUUUUCUUUAUAACAAUAAUUAUACAUAACAAUACGAUGUAAUACUUACAAUAUUUUUUUAUAUAUCAGUUUAAAGAGAUCUUUAUUAUUACUCAAAGAACAUACACAAUUUAACAAUUUAAGAGCAGAAAAGAGCAAUUUAACAAAUUUCAUCUUUGGACCUAUCUAUAUUUGCUGGAAACUUGAAAUUACUUGAAUUUACUGGAAAUUUGUUUGUUUUAUAUUUAAAUAUGGAACGUUAAACCGUAUCCGAUAAACUAAUCAUAAUACCAAUCACAAUCAUGUUUAAUUUUCAAAGCUAUUUUCAACUUAAAAUUUCAAUAGAAAUGUAGCAAGUUGAGGCGUGUUAGACAAAUUAACUGCUUAUUUAUAUAGGUGGUUUAAGGACAUAUCAUAGUAGAAAUAUAUAACGCUCAGAUUAAAAUAUUUAUAUACAAUAUCUUAUACAUAUUAAAAUUAUCUUAAUAUGUUUUUUAUAGUUAACUAUCAAUCGAUUCGUUUAUUUCUAUCAAUCAAGAAUGCCUUAUAUGUUUUUGUUGGAAGUUAUUUUUUACUUUAUUUAUAAUCAAUUUAUUUGAAUACACAAUUAGAAAUUGUCAAGUCCCAGCCCAUAUAUCUCCCAAUGCUGGGCUAAUGAUAGAGGUUGGUGGAUACUAAAUGUUAUAUGAUGCAUGAUUGUAAUUGUGCAUGAUUCCUUCACAGCAUGGUAUAUUGUAUAACGAGUGCCAACAAAGAAAAUAGAAAGAGUAUGGACAGCAAAACAUUUUUUUUGUUUGUAGCGAGAUUAAUUUGUGCAUAUUUAACGCUCUAUAUAACGACUUUUUCAAGAAAAUAAAGAAGUUAAUUAAAAAAACAUACAAUUGUUAACUCGAAUUCAAAGUAUUUCAUUAUAUUCAAAAUAAUAUUUCUUUUAAUUACUUAAAUCUUUGUUGGUAAUCUAAAUAUUACGAUAACAAUUAACAUGCUUGGAAUGCAAGUUUGAAGUGAUAUUUACGAAAUUUUUUUUCCAACCGUACCUAUGUACAACAGACAUAUGAAUAGUGUGCGAGCGUUAUAGCAUGAUAUUAUCCGCGAUUACAAAACAUUUCAUAAAUUGGCACGGGUUAUCAUCAAAUUGCUAACACACUAUCAAGCUGAUAUCUAUAUAUUCUUAAAAAUCUUCGACCGAAUGUCUCAGUUACUUGUGUCGGAAUAUAUUAAAAAAAAGAAAAGUACGUCAUUGCCUUUCAUAGACGAAGAAUAUAAGUUUGGUGGGAAGUUUGGGUGCUUCGAACAUACAAUUACCUGAAUUGUCAUUUUUAGUUGUUUUUUUUUAGCAUUGAAAGUAAUUGCAAACAAAAAAUUUUGUUAUUCCUGUAUUUCUUAUUAUAAAGUUAAAUACUUAUUUAUGUAUUCUUUUUAAAAAACUCAUUUUAACUUCUGGUUUGUAAGAAUAUAUUAUAUUAUAUGUACAGUAAAAAAGGAGGGCUAAGUCGAACUGUGAGAGGGUCAGAUACGCAUGUGGCAGAAUUUCAGUGAAAUAAAAAAUUACAUACAUUUCGAUUCUAAACAAGUUAUGUAAAUAGUGUAAAUAAUUAUUAUAUAAAAAUUGUCAAUUAAAUGUUACUUUGUAAUUAUUGUAUAAUUAUUUUAAUGUAUCUUUGAAAAUCAAUCAACGAGUAGUUGGACCGGCCUAAUAGUUAAUGAGUAAUCGAAAGAUCUUUCGAAUCUUUAAUAAUAAUUAUUAUUAUUCAUAGAUAUUUUUAUUAAUAAUUAGAUCUAUCUAUUUAUAUGUAAUUGCAAAAUUUGUUUAUCUUAUUUUUUUUUUUUUUUUGUAAUUCAUUUUUGGCGUCAAUUGCUCACGUAAAUAGUGUCUUAUUUUUUUAAUUCAAAUGUAAUUAAUUUUUUUUAAAUCUGAUUUACUUUAUAGAUGUUUUUUUUUUAGACUUAUUUAAUUUGUAUUGAAUAAUGUUCUACCUGCGUAUACGACGAGAUAAAUAAAUUUUGCUAUAGAAGAUAGUGUCGCUUAAACCUCGCCGCCAUACAUUCGCUAAGCGACUACAAUUAUAAAAAAAAUCGACAUAAUUUUUAGAUGUAAACAAAUCAUGACUAAACAUUCGUUUUCAUUACUUAAGUAAUACUUUGGAAGCCUUUAAAAUAAUCUUAUUUUCUUACUUUAACAAGUGCCAAAUAUCAAACUUAAUAAAACGGAAUCUAAUUUUGUGAUGUAUUUUUUGGACAUUUACGACAUUUAAUGUAUGUAGUAUUUAAAUAAAAAAUAUUUUAUGCUAAAUAAAAUUCGAGCGAAUGUGUGGUGACGAAUUUAAUUUGAUUUAGAUUUUAUUUUAACAGCUUUAAUUGAACUUCGUAGUGUAUAGAUCUUGCCACAUAAAAAAAAAAACUUAAAAUAAAUAAACGUAAAUUGUUUGAAUUUAUACCUAAGGGUUUUAUAUUUUUAAAUACGAUGUAAUAUUUAUAAUCACUUUUUAUUUUGCACUAUAUUAUAAAAAUCAGAAUAUUUACUUGUUUACAAAAAAAAUAUCUGCUUUAUGUUAAAAUAUCAUAGCAAAUUUUUAUUUAUAUCUUAUAUCUAUAUUUAAAUAUAAAUGAAUGUAUUUAUCCUAAGAUAAUGUAUAAUUAAAAUUAAUUUAAUUAUACUCAUCACUGGCCUUUGUUCGAGUUGACUUUUGAAUUGCAUAUUGCAACAUUUCGAGCUAUCCGUAGUUUUAAAUGAUACUUAUGAAACACACACAUAAAAACAUCCGCGUACACAAACAAUCUCAGACAUUGCGUGUAUGUGUGCUAAUAAGCUUGAAAUAUUUUACAAGAGAGAAGCGUACUUAAAAGAUUGUGUGUGUUUUAUAAGUUCUAUUUAAAACUCGAAUCCAUCGAAUUUGGUUGGGAGUCGUUAAACUGGCAACACUCUGUACUCUUUCAUUCGGUCAACAUAAUACAAUUAAUUGUAUGUAUGUUUUAGAAUUGAAAUUGUCUUUGAAAGCGAUGAGUAAAAUUUCAAGGUCUAAUUUGUAAUUUGUGUGCAAUGUUUUAUAUAUGAAUGUUAAAGUAACUUUUCUGACGGUAAGUUUUACUUCUCACGUCACUUCGUCACGUGUACAGUGUUGCAAGUGCUUAAUUUUUAUUUUAUCAAUUAAAUAUAUAUGUAUAUAUACAUAAAUGAUAUAUAAAUGUUUAUUUUAUUGGAUACAUUGUAUGCUUAGAGAAAUGAAACGAAUAAAUACGUUUCAUUUUAUUUCGUGUUUAGAUAUAGUUAAAAUGCAGUUGUGACGUUGACUGAUAUUAUAAUAAUGCCAUCUCGUGUAAUUUUAAUUAAAAUAAUAUUAAUAAUGUAAAAUCAAGAGUAACUUGGCCCCAUAAUUUAAAGUUUUAAUUAUAAAAUAAAAUUUAUCAAUACGAA